ACAGUCCAUUAACAGCAUCCUCCUCGAGCUCUUCCUUCAGUCUUCACGAGAACGACAAUGAAGUCCACGAUCGCCUGUCUGUUGGUGUUGGCUGUUGCCGCCCAAGCCCAAUUCUUCGGAUACGGUGGAUAUGGCGGAUACUACGGAAAUUACGGUGCCUAUCCAUUUGCUGGCGUCCGCGCCACCACGGCCUACACCGGAAUCCCCGCAACUGCCGCCGUCCCCGCCGCCUAUCCCGUCGCUUACGGCUACCCCUCACACACGGCCACUCAGUACCACGCCCAGGACGAGCUCGGCCAGGCCAGCUUUGGCUACGCUCACCCCGGACAGGCAGCCAGCAACCUUCGUGACGGUUUCGGCAACCAGAUCGGCAGCUACGCUUACAUCAACCCAGAAGGCAAGGAAGUCCGUGUCUCCUACACCGCCGACUCCCGAGGCUUCCGCGUCCUGUCCAACAACUUGCCCGUCGCUCCCGCCCAGAUUGUAGACACACCUGAAGUGUCCAAGGCCAAGGCCGAUCACGCCGCCGCUAUCGCCGCUGCCAAGUCCGGAGUCGCCCCAGUUGCUCCAGUCGCUCCCACUGUCGCUCUUCCAACCCCAGUCCAGGACACCCCCGAGGUGGCCGCUGCCAAGGCGGAAUUCGCCAUUAAAUUCGCCGCCGCCAAGGCCGGCCGUGCUAAGCGCCAAGUCUUUGGCUACGGAGCUGCUCCAUUUUCUUACCCCGGCUAUGCUGUUUCCCCUUACGCUUACUCGGUUGCCGCCCCGGCCGUUUACGCCGCUCCGGCUAUGCCCGUCCGUGAGGCCACUUUGACCAAAGUCAUCCACACUCCUGGCCACGCAGUCUCUUACCGCGUCGACUAAAUUUUUGUGAAAUAGCAUUUCAAACUUGUUUUCAUAUUCCUUGAUUCCUUCUUCUGCGAAAUAAAAUUUUUAUGGAAAAUUGAAA